UGGGCAUCCUGCCAUAGUCAUUGUCACGAGCUUUUCUUAGCCGCUUUAUUUUUCGUCUGCCAUUGUUUACAUCAUAGUAGAAAUUAUAUCCAGUAAAGCAAGGGAUUUCGUACUGCACACGAAGAUGUAAAGUAAAUAGCAAACACUGUUUAAUAAAAUGGAGGUCCUCGAAUUAAAAGACAUAAGAGCUAUACCUGAUAUAAUUCAUUCUUAUCCGGAUAGAGUAAAAACUGAAGGAACGCCACUUGUUAUUGACAAUGGAUCGUAUAACUGUAGAGUGGGCUGGGCAACCGAGAAAGAGCCUCAGCUGAUAUUUAAGAAUUUGAUUGCAAAGCCAAGAAAAGAGCGUGGGAAGAAAGAUGGGGAUCCCCAGGUUGGGAACGAUAUUGCGAACAUUGAAGCUGUUCGUUUUCAAUUAAAAACGCAGUUCGAUAGAAAUGUAGUAACCCACUUUGAAGCUCAGGAGCAAAUAUUUGAUUAUACUUUUGCCCACAUGGGAAUUGACACGGAAGGCACUAUUAAUCAUCCAAUUAUCUUAACAGAAACCUUCUUAAAUCCCAAUUAUUCUCGAAAUUUGAUGGCAGAACUUCUAUUUGAAUGUUACAACGUACCAGCAAUUGCGUAUGGAGUGGACUGCCUAUUUUCUUAUCAACAUAAUAAUUGUCCACCAGACGGACUAAUUAUCAGUAUCGGUUACCACACUACACACAUAAUACCAAUAUUAGAUGGCAAAGCAGAUCCUUUGAAUGCAAGGAGAAUUAAUGUUGGUGGAUACCACAUUACAUCUUAUAUGCACAGACUGCUCCAACUGAAAUAUCCGGUGCAUGUGAAUGCUAUAACACCGAGCAGAGCAGAAGAAUUAAUACACGAACAUUCAAUGAUAGCUCUUAACUAUCAAGAUGAAAUUUCUAAGUGGGCUGAUCCAGAUCAUUAUGACUCGAACGUGUUAAGAGUACAGUUGCCCUAUGUCGCUCCUGCAAAUGCUCCUGGUUUAACAGUCGAACAACAAAAAGAACGGAAACGGGAAUUAGCUAGAAGACUAAUGGAAAUUAAUGCGCGUAAAAGGGAAGAGAGGUUAGCAGAAGACGAGGAGCAAUUAAAUCAAUUGUUAGCCGUUCAAGAUUUAUUAGAAGAAGGUGAGACCGACGAAUUCGAUCAAGCUCUGAAGACUUAUUCCCUCGCGAAUGAAACAGACUUGAUCAAAAUGAUAAAUAAUCUGCAAGCAAAGGUGGAAAGAACGAGACAAAAAAUAGUAGCAGCCAAUUCCCAGGAAGAGAACAUAGUAAUGGAAGAACAAAAACCGAAGAUAAAAUCCAGCUUGCAACCUAAGGACCAACAAGACUUUGACGAGUGGAUUGCCGGCGUAAGAAAGAAACGGCAGGAAAUAUUGGAGAAACGGAUGGCGAAAAGGCAACGCAGACAAGACAUGGCGAAGCGUAGAACGGCAGCAGCCCAGGAAAGGAUGCGAAUAAUAAGUCAAUUAGCAAGGAAAGAGAAACGCGAUGAUGACUUCGGCAUGAGGGACGAAGAUUGGGAUGUUUACAAAGUGAUCAACCGGGAAGGUGGAGAUUCGGACUCGGAAUUGGAGCAGGAGAAGCUGUUGGAAUUGGAAGAUGUGCUACGACAUCAUGAUCCGGAGUUUGAUGGUGCCGGUUCCAACGUUCCCAUGGUCCCAGGAGAAACUCAUCAAUUGCACGUGGGGGUGGAACGUCUGAGAGCCCCAGAAAUAUUAUUCCAGCCGUCCAUGAUAGGCUCGAUGGAGGCAGGGAUCGCUGAAGCAAUCGAAUUCGUACUGAAACUAUACCCACCUGAGCAACAGCUACGCCUCGUGGGAAACAUAUUUCUCACUGGCGGGCCAACUAGAUUUCCGGGUUUGUUGGAACGACUGAACCGCGAGCUUCGCGAGAUCAGACCGUUCGGCUCCAACUUUCAGAUAAACAUAGCAAAGAACAGUAAUAUAGACGCAUGGUACGGUGCCAGAGACUUCGGCCUGAACGGGAACUUGCCCGAGUUUCUUGUAAAUAAAAAGGAGUACGAAGAAAAAGGCGGCGAAUAUUUCAAGGAACAUUUGACGAGCAAUACUUACACCAGAUCUCCAGACCCGUUGCCUGUGAUACAAGUUCCUGUGACGUCGGAGCAGAUCAUUGUGGAAGAUGCUGUUGUUGACGUUGAGAUGGAAUAGGAAAUAAAUUUCGAUACAAAUUGA